AUGAAGUUCUACAUCGAUGAGCUUCCAGUGCUCUUCCCAUACCCUAGGAUCUAUCCCGAGCAAUAUGCCUACAUGGCCGACUUGAAGCGCACUCUCGAUGCAAACGGCCACUGUGUCCUCGAGAUGCCUUCAGGCACCGGCAAGACAGUCUCCCUUCUCAGUCUUAUCGUAUCGUAUCAGCAGUUCCAUCCGGCAAAGCGCAAGCUCAUCUACUGCUCCCGUACCGUUCCAGAGAUUGAAAAGGCAUUGGCAGAGUUGAAACGUUUGAUGGAAUAUCGAGCACGCUACAAUCUCAAGCAAGGUCAACAGUCUCAAGUACUCAGAAACCAAGCCGAGCAAGGCAAUGCUCCUAGCGAGCACCACAUCCAGAUGGAAGGUCGAGGCAAGGCUGGCGCCCAAAUGCAAGACAUCCUCGCCCUUGGUCUCAGUUCGCGCAAGAACCUCUGCAUUCACCCAGACGUCAGUCGAGAGAGAAAAGGCAAAGUGGUCGAUGCAAGAUGUAGAGAUAUGACAAGCAGUUGGGCUUGCGAGAAGGGCCGUCAAGAUCCUGGCAGUGUCGAGCUUUGUGACUUUCAUGAGGAACUUGGCAACAUGGAGCCCGGCCAACUCAUCCCGCCAGGAGUGUGGACAUUGGAAGAGGUCAAGGAGUACGCAAGAGACAAGCGCAUCUGUCCUUACUUUGCCGUUCGACGCAUGAUCCCUUUCGUCGACAUCAUCAUCUAUAGUUUCCACUAUCUCCUCGAUCCAAAAGUAGCAGAGCAGGUCAGUAAGGAGAUGAGCAAGGACGCCAUCGUCAUCUUUGAUGAAGCACAUAACAUCGACAACGUUUGCAUCGAGUCGCUCUCCAUCGACCUCACACGGCCUAUGCUCGACAGCGCCUACCGAAGUAUCAAUCAGCUCUCAGAACGUGUCGACCAAAUCAAGAAGACUGACGCAUCCAAGCUACAGGACGAGUACGCACGCUUGGUGCAGGGAUUGCAAGAGCAAGGAGAUCAGAGAGAGGCCGAGACCUUCAUGGCCAACCCAGUACUACCCGAUGACCUCCUGUCAGAGGCAAUUCCAGGAAACAUCCGACGAGCAGAGCACUUUGUCGCUUUCCUCAAGCGCUUUGUCGAGUACCUCAAGACAAGAAUGCGUGUUCUACAUGUCGUAGCCGAGACACCAGCCAGUUUCCUCCAACACUUAAAAGACAUCACAUACAUCGAACGCAAACCGCUCCGCUUCUGUGCCGAGCGACUUCGAAUGCUCGUCGGCACGCUCGAGCUCACACGUCUCGACGAGUACUCAGCUCUGCAGAAGGUUGCAGCCUUUGCCACACUUGUCGCCACCUACGACAAGGGCUUCUUGCUCAUCCUCGAACCAUUUGAAACAGAGAACGCCACCGUACCAAACCCCAUCUUCCACUUCACCUGCCUUGAUGCCAGUCUCGCCAUCGCACCCGUCUUUGAGCGAUUCUCAAGUGUCAUCAUCACCAGUGGCACCAUCAGCCCGCUCGACAUGUAUCCCAAGAUGCUCAAGUUCGAUGCCAUCAUUCAAGAGUCAUAUGCCAUGACGCUCACCCGACAAUGUUUCUUGCCACUCGUCAUCACGCGUGGAAGCGACCAAGUGGCAAUCAGCUCCCGUUUCGAAGUGCGAAACGACCCGGCAGUAGUUCGAAACUACGGAAGCAUCUUGAUCGAGUACGCCAAGUGCGUACCAGAUGGCAUCGUUGCUUUCUUCCCAUCCUAUCUCUACAUGGAGAGUAUCGUAGCAGCAUGGCACGACAUGGGUAUUCUCGACCAAGUAUGGAAGUACAAACUCAUCUUUAUCGAAACGCCAGAUGCUCCAGAAACAAGUAUCGCUCUCGAGAACUACAGGAGGGCAUGCGACAACGGUCGUGGUGCCAUCCUUCUCUCCGUCGCACGCGGUAAGGUUUCAGAAGGAAUCGAUUUCGAUCACAACUACGGACGCGCAGUUAUUAUGUUCGGUGUUCCUUACCAGUACACUGAAUCUCGCAUUCUCAAGGCGAGGUUAGAAUUCCUUCGAGAUAACUUCAGGAUUCGAGAGAAUGACUUUUUGACCUUUGAUGCUAUGCGACACGCUGCUCAGUGCGUAGGACGAGUACUGCGUGGUAAAACGGAUUAUGGUUUGAUGGUCUUUGCCGACAAACGCUUCGCUCGAGCCGACAAGAGGAAUAAGCUGCCAAAGUGGAUCGCCCAGUAUAUCAAGGAGACACAUUCGAAUCUUUCGACCGAUAUGGCGGUUGUUGAGUCCAAAUUAUUCAUUCGUUCAAUGGCUCAGCCCUAUCCAGAAGGAAAGAACGGCGUCAGUUUGUGGCAGUUGAGCGAUAUUGAACAAAGACAAGCAAAGGAGAGGGAGACCUUUAACAAGCUCAUGGGCGGCGAGCUCAAGGUGAAUGCUGAUGGGGAGGUGGUGGACAAGGAUGAUAGCCAUUCGCACAUGGAAGUUGGAGCAGCAAAGCAAGAGGAUCACUUUGAUAAAGAGUUUGGUCAAGGAGAGCUGCUCGCUAGUAUCGAUGACCUUGAUACUAUGCAGGAGGGUUGA